UUAAAAAAGCCCCUAUGGAUUUUUACAGGAUUCUCAAUUUACAUAAGUAUACUGGAAUGGCAUUGCAGCCAUAGUAUACCGACUCAAAACGAAUCACAAGUGCUUUCAACAGUCCCAUUAAUAAAAUCUGGGGUACUAGGAGAAACACCCAGAAUAACGGACCAGUUAAAAGCCAGCAGAAUAUACGAGUCUUUUCUUGUAAAGGAGACACCACCAGCAACGGGUAUGUUUGGAAAUCAGCGAAGUCAACCUCAUGAAAAAGCCACCAACGAAUCACAAUCCAAUAAUCAAAAUAGAGUGGCGCGCGUGGUGUCUACAGACAUGCUGAGCCGUAAUAUUUCUAUAAUUUUGGAAAAUCUUCUUAAACGCUACGAACAGUCACAACUUCCCACACAUGGACAGGGGAUACCUACGGUAGUGCAAACCAAUAUACUUAUCCGUAGCAUGGGACCGGUGUCCGAGCUGGACAUGGAAUAUUCGAUGGAUUGCUAUUUUAGGCAGUAUUGGCGAGAUAGGCGGCUAAGUUUUAAGGGGCCAAUUAAAAGUCUGUCCUUGAGCAUUAAGAUGCUGGAUAAAAUCUGGCGGCCAGACACUUACUUUUAUAAUGGAAAGCAUUCUCAUAUACACACAAUUACUGUGCCGAACAAAUUACUUAGACUUGAUCAAGAUGGAGGAAUUCUGUAUUCAAUGAGAUUAACCAUAAAAGCCACAUGUCCCAUGGAGCUGAAAAACUUCCCAAUGGAUAGACAAUCGUGUCCCCUUAUAAUUGGAAGCUAUGGUUACACGAACCAACAGCUGGUAUACGAGUGGAAAAAUCAAGAUGAUGCCGUUUCAUUUGUACCCGGAAUGACUCUUAACCAAUUUGAUCUCAUUGGCAUGAUGCAUCGCAAUUUCACAUCAACACGGCGAGAGGGUGACUUUUCAGUAUUACAUGUUGCAUUCAACCUUAAACGUCAUACCGGAUACUUUCUUAUCCAAGUUUAUGUGCCAUGCAUUUUGAUCGUGGUGUUGUCGUGGGUAUCGUUUUGGAUACAUCGUGAGGCCACCAGCGACCGUGUCGGCCUCUGUGUGACAGCAGUUCUAACACUAUCCACCAUUAGCUUGGACUCUCGGACUGACUUGCCAAAAGUCAAGUAUGCCACUGCACUGGACUGGUUCCUUCUGAUGAGUUUUCUCUAUUGCAUAGCCACAUUGCUAGAAUUUGCUGGUGUUCAUUAUUUUACAAAGCUUGGCAGUGGAGAAAUACCACGUCUGGAAGAGCAUUUGGAAAAUAUCAGGAAAAAUAAUAUGCCACCAGCACAUGUCAUUGAAGCCAACGAAGAAAUAAGUGAUGACGAUUUAGAAGAUGGUGACAGCGAUGAUGUCAGUGAGCAAAUGAAUUCAGAGAAUGAUAUUUGCAUUUGUUCUGAACAUGACAAUAUUCGAUUCGAAUCUGCAGAAUCGUUACCAAUAGCACUAGAUGACACAGAUUUUCGUAAGCGCAACGACCUCACUUGUCCUAUCUUCAACCAUCCAACGUACAUCUUUCCAAAGACUUCUUCGCGUGCAACCACCAUGGAGCGAACCACGCAAACAGAACCACCCGUCGCUUCGCGUAUGCGCCAGAUAUGGCUCUGCCUCAAGAGCGACCAAAAGUUCCGAAAACAGCGUGAACGCGACGCAGCUGCAGAAAAGACUGAACAAGGUCGCAACGUGAGCUAUGUAAAUAGCGUUUCGCUAAUUGACCGCAUCGCCCGCAUUGCGUUCCCAAUGUCAUUUGCGCUUUUUAAUCUUUUAUACUGGUUGGCCUACGGAAUGUAUAAAAAAGAGUUUUCUUGGUCAACUAUAAAGACAUAGCUUCCAUCGAUUUCAUUGUAGUUGUUUUGUACCAUUCUUUCGAAUUGGGUUUAAUAAUGUA